CAAAAUAAUGUCAAACAAAAAAUAGUCAUCGAGAGGAGAGUAAAAAGUUGCGCAACAGGAGCCCUCCUCCCCUCCUGUCGCGAACGCGCAAAUAGGUGUUGGUUUACGUGCGCGCCCCCGUCCGCGGUGACGUCAGCUGCCAGAGCCUGUCUCAAACGUUGUGACGUGUGUUGUGGAAAUGGCCGAGGAGCGACGAUCCCGCAAGACAAUGUUAAGCUUCUUAACUCCGCCAAACAAUUACCGUCGGUGAACGACGUCUCUCCGGCGGACACGAAAUCGUCGCGGACGGGGCGGGAGUUCCAAGGAACCGACGAUCAACUCGAGCCGCCCCGGACCAGCGCCUUUUCUUCCCCCGGCGAGGGCGGGGGGCGCUGAGUGAGGGUUAGCGAGGGAACCACCAUGGAGGAUAUCAACUCGAACAUUAACGCCGACUUGGAGGUGAGGAAGCUCCAGGAUUUGGUGAAGCAGCUCGAGAAGCAGAACGAGCAGCUCCGGGGUCGCUCCAUUAUGAUGUCGGCCCACCACAGACCCCACAGCGCCGGCUACGAGUCCUUAUCGUCGCCGUCGGCAGCGGCGCUACUCUCGGGGGGCGACAUGGUCGGCUUCGCCCCUGGGGUGGGGUUCGGCUACGGCGACCUGUUGGAGAACCGCCGCUGCCGGAGUCCGCGGCUCUCCUACGACGGCGUCAGCUUCAAGAGGCCGUACGAGAGCGAGGGCGCCUCGGCUGCCACGUCCGGGUCGGCCCGGAACUCGCGGUGCUCGGACGACGACGGCGAGACGUCUAUUCUGGACCAGGUGGACGUCUUGGACUUGGAGGACAUGGACUGUCUGCACGAAGACGACGACAGCUGGCUGUACGAGGCCAAGCUAAACAGUCCCUUGCAGAAGGCGCUGAGCCCCGUCGUGUGGUGCCGCCAGGCUCUGGACAACCCGAGUCCGGACAUGGAACUGGCCAAGCGCUCGCUCAUCCACAGGCUGGACCUCACCAUGUCGGCCAACAAGCGCCGCAGCCUCUACGGGAGCUGCUACAACCAGCAGGGGACCUACGGGAGCCCGUACAGCCCAAACGCGGCCAGCAGCCCCUACAGCAGCGGCUUCAACUCGCCCUGCUCCACGCCCAGCAAGGUGCCCAUCGUCAGGCAGCAGUUGAUGCCCGUCAACGCAGCGCACCAGCGCAACGCGGCCGCAGAGAGAAACCCGCCGGCCGUCAGCCCCCAGUCGUCGGUGGACAGCGAGCUGAGCACCUCCGAGAUGGACGAAGACUCGGUGGGCUCUUCCACGACUUACAAGCUCAACAAUGUCAACGACGUCCAGAUUCUGGCGCGCAUGCAGGAAGAGAGUCUGAGGCAGGACUACGCCGCCUCGGCCUCUCGGCGCAGCUCGGGCUCGUCCUGCCACUCGCUGCGUCGCAGCACCUUCAGCGACCAGGAGCUGGACGCGCACAGCCUGGAGGACGAGGAGGAGGCGGCGGCGCACCCGGCCUUCCACCCGCCCGCCAGCCGUUUCGGCGCCUCGCCUCGCCACUCGCCGCGCGCCUCCCCGCGCAACUCGCCGCGCUCGCGCUCCCCGGCCCGCUCGGUGGACUACGGCCACGGGCGCGGCUCGCCUCAGCCCGCCAUCAGCCGCCUGCAGCAGCCGCGCCACUCGCUGCAGGGCCACGACGCGCAGACCAAUGUGGUCAAGAACGAAGAAAAGCUGCGUCGUAGUCUCCCCAACCUCACGCGUUCCAACGCGGCGCCCCCCCAGGGCCCCGAGCCCGUUAAAAACAGUCGAAGCUACGAGUCCAACCUGCAGAUGCCAAACGGAGGAUCUCCCAGACACCAGAGCCAAUCAGCUCCAGCGCCUCAGCUCCCAAGACACCCCACCCCCAAAAGCAAACAGCACCUCCAAAGCCCGACGGCCCUGCGAGUCCCACUCUCCUGUUGCUUUGGCGACGAAGGUGACUUUAUUCCGCCGACGAGCAAGCUGCGGACGCCGGCCACGCCUUCGCCUCUGGCCUUGAGGCAGCCCGUCAAGACCACGGCCAACCCCGCCGGCUCUACCACCACGCCCGGCCGGUCCCUGGUUCCGCCCCGCAGCGGCCUGCCUCGCCCUAGCGCCCCGGCGGGUGGCGGCAUCCCUCUGCCUCGCAGCAAGCUAGCACAGCCUGUGCGCAGAAGUCUACCUGCUCCUCGCAUCUACAGCGGCACCAGGGACAACCUGAGGGAAAGCUAUUAGCCGCUUGCCCAGCAGAGGGCGCUCUACUCCAACCGUCAGUCACUCGAGGAGUUGGACUGCAUGGCACUUUAUCCACCUUGAUGACUCUUCUAGUCACAACGUCCCAGGAAUAUUAAAAGAAAGAAUAAAA